AUGAGCGACAAAAUACCCUCGUGGAAUAUCGUCCACAAACUCGAGAAGCGCCAGCUUCUCAUCGCAAUCAACUGUGUUGCCGCACUCUCAAUCCUCUUCUUCGGUUAUGACCAAGGCAUGAUGUCCGGCGUCAACAACGCCAAGGACUACAUCGACCUGAUGGGAUUCGGAUAUACGAAAGAAGUCGACGGCGAGUUGACCCCCGUGGUAACCAAUUCCCUACUCCAGGGAGGUAUCGUCUCGGUGUAUUAUCUGGGGACGUUGUUCGGUGGACUGUUCGGUGGUUGGUUGGGUGAUCGAAUGGGGAGAAUCAAGUCAAUUGCUGCGGGAGCUGUUUGGGCUGUGAUCGGUGCGAGUCUGCAGUGCUCGGCGCAGAAUCAUAAUUGGAUGAUUUGUGCACGCUUCAUCAAUGGUAUCGGUACUGGUAUUUUGAACGCAAUUGUGCCGGUCUGGGCCACUGAAACCGCCGAGCAUACUUCCCGUGGACAGUUCAUUGCGAUUGAAUUCACAUUGAACAUCUUUGGUGUGGUUCUGGCCUAUUGGCUUGAGUUUGGCCUCUCGUUCAUCGACGGUGGCAAGUCCGCCUUCCGCUGGCGCUUUCCAAUCGCCUUCCAGAUCAUCUUCCUGCUGAUUCUCUUCGUUGCCGUUUGGUUCUUCCCCGAGUCCCCCCGCUGGCUGGUAAAGGUUGGCCGUGAGCAGGAAGCACGAUAUAUCCUCCAGCGCCUUCGAGGUAGCAGUCCAGAGGACCGUGUCCGCGCCGAAGCUGAGUUCCAAGAUAUCCAAAGCAUUGCCGAGAUGGAGAAGACCGUUGUUCACGGCAACUCUUACUUGUCAAUGCUUUUUGGUUGGAAGUCCGGUGAUUUGCAUAUCGGUCGAAGGGUGCAGUUGGUCAUCUGGCUACAAAUCAUGCAGGAAUGGGUUGGUAUUGCCGGUGUUACUGUUUAUGCGCCGACCAUCUUUAGUAUCGCUGGCUUUGAUUCAAUGAAGAGUCAGUGGAUCAGUGGAUUGAAUAAUAUUUUCUACAUGUUCGCCACGCUCAUUUGCGUGUUCACUUUGGAUCGUAUCGGGCGACGCUGGACUUUGUACUGGGGCUCUGUCGUCCAGGGCAUUGCCAUGUUCCUGGCUGGAGGGUUCUCUCGCCUUGCCAUCAACGCCAAGGCUGAUGGCAAUAUGGGCUCAGCCUCGUCGUACGGUGCGGCAGCUGCCUCGAUGAUCUUCAUCUUCACCUCGACUUUCGGUGCUACCUGGUUGACCGUGCCUUGGCUGUACCCGGCCGAGAUCUUUCCUCUGGCAGUUCGCGCCCGGGGUAAUGCCUGGGGAGUCGUUGGCUGGAGUAUCGGAAAUGGAUGGCUGACCCUUCUCUGCCCCGUCAUGUUCGAUUCCAUUGGCGAAAAGACCCUCUACGUCUUCGCGGCCAGUAACGUGAUUACGAUCCCCAUGGUGUGGGCUCUAUACCCCGAGAGUAAUCAGCGCACCCUGGAAGACAUGGACCUCCUUUUCGCAGCCAAGACUCCUUGGACCUGGGAUGCGGAGAAGACCUUUGCUCGCCUCAAGGCUGAAAAUCCCGGUAUGGUGGACAUUACUAGCCGCAAGAACAGUGUGGUGGACCCCGAGACUGGGAAGGUGAUUUCUGUGGAUGCAUUGACAGCAGCUAAGCUUGAUAAUGCUACUGCUGCUGAGCAUGUGGAUCACCCUUGA